UUAACAUAUCGGACACUGCGGCGUGAUCCUGAACGCAGCAAAUAGCAUCCAACAUGGCGGCAGAGCCGAAGACUUUGAUGCAAAGCAGCUGGACAGAUGACCUGCCUCUGUGUGAGAUGUGUGGCGUCGGAGUGGCGCCCAACUGCGUGUACAGCCCGGAUGGUGAAGGAACCCAGAACCACCCCAUGGAGGACAGGCAUCUCAGGCUGCGGUGUGUGAGAGACAGAGCAGCUUCUCAACUAGGCGAGAACUGUUUCCUCUACGGCGUUUUUAACGGCUACGACGGCAGCAGGGUGGCGGACUUUGCAGCCCAGUGUCUGACCGCUGAACUCCUUCUCGGGGAGCUCAACUCAAGUCACACAGACGGUGACGUCCGCCGGAUCCUCAUUCAGGCCUUUGAGGCGGUGGAGGAGAGUUACUUUAAUACAAUAGGUGAUGCUUUGGCUAAAAAGGCUCACCUGUCCAACUACCUCCUGCCACACAAUGAGAGUCAGAAGGUCCAGGAGCGUCUGAAUGAGCUGGAGCAGGAGGUGUCAGGAGGCGCUACGGCGGUGGUGGCUCUGAUUCUCAACAAUAAGCUCUACAUCGCCAAUGUUGGUACAAACCGGGUCCUGCUGUGUAAGUCCAGCAGCGACGGUCAGAACCAGGUUCUCCAGAUCGGGCGGCCACAUAGCACCGACAACGAAGACGAGCUACAAAGACUGGCGGCAAUGGGUGUGGACGCGGCUCGAAUACGGCAAGCGGGACAGAUCGCUGGACAGAGCAGCACCAGGCGGCUGGGAGACAGCAGAGUCAAGAUCAACUACUCUGAGAUAGAUCUGCUCAGUGCGGCCAAGGCGAAGCCCAUCAUCUCUGAGCCAGAGAUCCAUGGCAGCCACUCUUUGGAUGGUGUAACAGGAUUCCUGCUGCUGAUGUCAGAGGGCCUAAUAAACGGCCUCGAGUCCGCCCACGGCCCAGAGCAGGUCAACCAGGAAAUUGUAGCCAUGGUAGCGGCCGAGCUGGCCCAGCAGACCAGUUUGGAGGCGGUGGCUCAGUCCGUGGUGGAGCGGGUCAAGAGGCUUCACCACGACGUCUUCGUGUCCGGCCGUCAGAGAGCGGCCUUCUGCUCUCGGCACGAGGACAUGACCCUGCUCAUCCGCACGAUCAAUUACCCGCUGGCGGACGCCGCGCUCACGCCCACACAAGGUAGCGGACGGAUCUAUCCAGUUUCGGUGCCAUACUCCAACAGCCAGAGCACCAGUAAAACCAGCGUGACCCUCUCACUGGUAAUGCCGUGUCAAAGCACCCUGACCAACGGGACUAACACCGCCUCCACCCUGGAGGAAGGAACCCCCACACCGGGCAGCCAGAGCCCUACAGCCACCCUGCAGUCCACCAACACCCAAACACAGAGCUCCAGCUCCAGCUCGGGCGAUGGAAGCCUGUUUCGUCAGAGAGGGAGCCAAGCAGCGCAGCCCGACGAGACGGGCAGGGUCCCACCCUACGUGGACUUUAGUCAGUUCUACCGACUUUGGGGAGGGGACAACAGCGACAGCCAAAGCACACAGGGAGGCCUUGGACCCCAGUAAGGAGGAAAGUCUGAAGGAGGGGCAUGAACUACAAGGAGAAAUUUUGUUUUUGUUUUGUUUUUUUAAUCAGACUUGUGGAUUUAUGAACAAUGUGUACUGCAAAAGAGACUUUGUGAGUGUGAGUUGGAAGGGACCGGGGCUUUCUAUUAUUUCUGCAAUGAAAACUGUGAGGAAGUGGCGUCACACCGCACCCCAGUUAAUGUUUGCUUCUCUUUGAAACAUAAACAGUCACAGUAAUCCAGAUUGGUGAAGUACCUGUUGAAGGCAACUCCAGGAGCUGGACAAGGAUGUUUUAUUCAAAAAAUGCCUUCAAAUAUCAAGGCCUUAAACUGUAACUAAUGAAUGAAUGAAAGCGUUUGAAAGUACAUUUUUUAUUUACUGUCCAAAUAUAUAUAUAUAUAUAUUCUAUCUCCAGAUAAUUUAAGGACUUGUCUGUGUUUUCUUUUUUUCUGUGCACAUUUUUCUCAUCAUUAUAUUCCAUUUAUUUUGACUAAUAGUGGGACUCCAUUAAAAUUUUUAAUUGAGUUGAUCCAAAACUGUAUGUCAACAAAAACAAGCAACAUUUUCAAUUCAAAACCCUCUUUGCUGCCAAAUUAUUAAAUACAUUUGAAUAGCGUCACUAGUUUUAGAGAAAAAAAAAACUUUUUAAACUUAAACUUUUUCUGACCUUCUGUCCAAAACGGCUGAAGAAUGUCUCCACAACUUAAAAGGCUGGAUCUCUAAAUAAUUAAAAAAGAAAAAAAAAAGUCAGACAACUUUAGGUGGCAGAGCCAAAAGACUGUUUUUUUGUUUUGUUUUUGUUUUUUUUAUAUUUCCCAGCAGAACCAUUAAAGGGGCCAUUUGGCCAACAUUCUU